UGAUGUCAAAAGUCGGCCGCAAAGACGUCAAAACUCGUUUUCGCGAAUCGCGUGUUUGUGGUCUGGUUGGCACUCUCCCUCCGCGAAUCUGUGCUUUGCUUUUUCAUCUCGUUGGGCUCGCCACCAGUGCGGAUCAUUUCGGAAAAGACGUAUAAUAUUCACGCAACUGAGUCAAAAGUGCAUCCACGGUGGCACAGUGAAACCUGCUGAAAAGAAACCAGUGCACGUAACUCCAUAACCAUGUCCGAUCCGGUGGAAAAUGGUACCGCUGCGGCCGAGUCCGGAACAGCUCCGGUCAAGACGGAAAAGCAGCUCAAAAAGGAAGCGGAAAAGGCUGCCAAGUUGGCCAAGCUACAGGAGAAAAUGAACAAAAAACAGCAGCAGGCGGAACAGGCCGCCGUCAAGCCCAAAGCUGAGAAAAAAGCCAAGGAGACUGUGAAGGAGGCAAUUGUAUACAAAGGCAAUACUCAGGAGGGCGACAAGAAAGACCUGUCCGGUCCGUUCCCGGAAGCCUACAGUCCGCAGUACGUGGAAGCUGCCUGGUACAGCUGGUGGGAGAAGGAAGGAUUCUUCAAGCCUGAAUAUGCGCGCAAGGAGAACAAUCCCAACGGGCAGUUUGUGAUGGUGAUUCCGCCGCCGAAUGUGACCGGUUCGUUGCAUUUGGGUCACGCACUGACGAACGCCAUCGAGGACUGCAUCACGCGUUGGAACCGGAUGAAGGGCCGCACCACGUUGUGGGUUCCGGGAUGUGAUCAUGCUGGAAUUGCCACCCAGGUCGUGGUGGAGAAGAAAUUGUGGCGCGAGCAGAAGCAAACCCGACACGAUUUGGGCCGGGAGAAGUUCAUCGAAAAGAUUUGGCAGUGGCGCAAUGAGAAGGGUGAUCGUAUCUAUCAUCAGCUGAAGAGGCUGGGAUCGUCGUACGACUGGUCCAGAGCUUGUUUUACGAUGGAUCCCAAGCUGUGCAAGGCCGUGACGGAAGCUUUUGUUCGAUUGCAUGAGCGCGGAAUGAUCUACAGGAGCAACCGUUUGGGUAAUUGGUCAUGUGCGUUGCGAUCGGCCAUUUCCGACAUUGAAGUAGAUAAGGUGGAAAUUCCUGGCAGGACCCUGCUGGCCAUUCCAGGCUAUACCGAAAAGGUUGAGUUUGGUGUGUUGGUGUCGUUUGCCUACAAAGUGGAAGGUAGCGACGAAGAGAUCGUUGUGGCGACCACUCGUGUAGAGACAAUGCUUGGAGAUACGGCCGUUGCCGUGCAUCCAAAGGACGAACGCUACAAGCAUCUACACGGAAAGUUUGUAGUUCAUCCGUUCUGCGAUCGUAAACUACCGAUUGUUUGCGAUGAUUUCGUUGAAAUGGGCUUCGGAACGGGCGCCGUCAAGAUUACUCCAGCUCACGAUCCGAACGAUUAUGAAGUUGGAAAACGUCACAAUUUGCCGUUCAUUACCAUUUUCACGGAUGAUGGUUUCAUCACCGGGGAGUACGGAGAAUUCACCGGAAUGAAACGCUUCGAUGCUAGGAAGGCUAUUCUGGUUGCUCUCCAGGCUAAGGGACUCUACAAGGAAACCGUUGAUAAUCCGAUGGUUGUGCCGAUCUGUUCCCGCUCGAAGGAUGUUGUGGAACCGCUGAUUAAGCCCCAGUGGUACGUCAAGUGUGACGAGAUGGCCAAGAACGCUACGGAAGCUGUUCGCUCUGGAGAGCUGAAGAUCACUCCGGAAGUGCACAAGAAGAUUUGGUACCACUGGAUGGAUGAGAUCCGCGAUUGGUGUGUUUCUCGCCAACUUUGGUGGGGUCAUAGAAUCCCCGCCUAUCAGGCUUCCUUCAAGGACCCCAGUCAGAAGCCGGCUGGCCUUGACGCGGAAUCAUUAUGGUUCGUUGGUCGCACCGAGGAAGAAGCCUUGGAGAAGGCCGCUAAGGAGUUGAACGUUUCUAAAGAGGCUCUUGCUCUGAAGCAAGACGAAGACGUCCUGGAUACUUGGUUCAGCUCUGGUCUUUUCCCAUUCUCUGUUUUCGGCUGGCCCGACAAUACCGACGAUCUGAAACUCUACUACCCAACCUCCCUACUCGAGACGGGACACGAUAUUUUGUUCUUCUGGGUGGCUCGCAUGGUGUUCUUUGGCCAGACUUUGCUCGGCAAGCUUCCCUUCAAAGAAGUGUUCCUCCAUCCGAUGGUCCGCGAUGCGCACGGCCGCAAAAUGUCCAAAUCGUUGGGUAAUGUCAUUGACCCGAUGGAUGUGAUUACGGGAAUUUCCCUGGACGGACUUCACCUGCAGCUGCUGGAUUCGAACCUGGACCCAAAGGAAAUCGAGAAGGCGAAGGCCGGUCAGAAGCAGGACUAUCCUAACGGUAUUCCGGAAUGUGGAACCGAUGCUAUGCGGUUCGCUCUGUGCGCCUACAACACCCAGGGCCGGGACAUUAAUUUGGACAUCAUGCGCGUGCAGGGAUAUCGAUUCUUCUGCAAUAAGUUGUGGAACGCCACUAAGUUCGCGCUGAUGUACUUCACCGGGGAAGAGCGCUAUGAUGUGCUGCAAGAAUUGACUGGUGCCGAGAGCAACAUUGACCGCUGGAUACUGUCCCGUCUGGCCAACUGCAUCGACGUUUCCAACAAGGGCUUCGAGAAGUACGAAUUUGCGCAAACCACUAGCGCGUGCUACGAGUUCUGGCUGUACGAUCUGUGUGACGUCUAUCUGGAAUGUUUGAAACCCGUUUUCCAGUCCGGUUCGGAAGAAGCCAAGGCCUCUGCUCGGAAGACACUCUAUACCUGUUUGAAUCUUGGCCUGAAACUGCUGUCGCCGUUUAUGCCGUUCAUUACCGAGGAACUGUACCAGCGGCUGCCACGUGCUGAUGUCGAGCAGGUGGCCAGUAUUUGCGUGGCUCCCUAUCCGGAAGUGGAAAGCUCUAACUGGCAUAAUGAACAACUUGAGAAGGACUUUGAAUUUGUGCAACGCGUUGCAAAAGUUAUCCGAUCGGCCCGCAGCGAUUACAACUUGCCGAACAAGACAAAAACCGAGGCGUUUGUUCUGUGCAGCGAUGAUGCCACGAAGGACACCCUGGAACGCUUUGCUGGGGAUUUGACUACCAUGUCCUACUCGCAGAUUAGCCUCAUCAGCGAUGCUCCUCCAGCGGGAUGCGCUAUUUUGACUGUGUCCGGUGCUUGUGUUGUUCAUCUGCUACUUAAGGGACUUAUCGAGGUGGACAAGGAAGUGGAGAAACUUAACAAGAAGAAAGACAACUUGAGCUCAACCGUUGGCAAGCUGGAACAGGCGAUGGGAGCGGCCGAUUAUGAAACGAAGGUCCCCGAGGAAGUUCGGAACAACAACCGGGAAAAGUUGGAUCAGUCGAAAAUCGAAAUUGAACGUAUCAUUGCAGCAAUAGAAACCCUGAAGAUGAUGUAAGAUGCGCAUUACAUCGCGAAGAACCGAAACAUUUCACAUUAAAAGCAUUUUUGUCUUAGGCUGCUGAGUGCUAAAAUAACAAUUACGAUGCAAGUUCACUUUAAGCAGGAGAGUAGUAAUUUAUUAAUGAUGCUAAAUGUUAUAAUAAAAAGCGCUGCGAUUUUACACGUACACGAAUUAAACAAUAAUUACAACACAGAUGGAAUAAAUUAUUAAGCAAAAGCAA